AUGUCCACAAGCGCGCCAAACACGAACGAGCUGAACUCACCAGUGCUGGAAACACAGCCACUCGCAGGAGAUGCGGCGCUUUUGCAUUCUUCUAUUGCCGCUGGCUACGAGGAGAUUAUCCGAGCUCCGUUCGACUACCUUCUUAACCUCCCCGGUAAAGAUGUUAGGAGCAAGAUGAUCUCAGCCUUUAAUCAGUGGCUCUGCAUCCCUGCCGAUAAGCUUGAAGUUAUCAAGCGAAUUGUUAUGCUACUUCAUAAUGCGUCACUUCUGAUAGAUGAUAUCCAGGACUCAUCCAAGCUUCGUCGUGGUCUGCCUGUAUCACAUCAUAUCUUUGGUGUUCCUCAGACAAUUAAUGCUGCCAACUACGCCUAUUUUCUCGCACAACAGGAACUCCCAAAACUGGGCGACCCAAAAGCUUUCGAAAUUUAUACCGAGGAGCUGCUAAGUCUUCACCGCGGUCAGGGCAUGGACAUAUACUGGAGGGAGGCCUCAAAGUGUCCAACCGAGGAGGAAUAUUUCUCCAUGGUCUCCCACAAAACAGGAGGCCUAUUUCGUCUAGCAAUCAGGCUAAUGCAACUUGCGAGCGACAAGAACUGUGACUUUGUGCCGCUUGUCAACGUACUGGGAGUUAUUUUCCAGAUUCGCGAUGAUUACCUCAACUUGCAAAGUCAUGCAUACACUGUUAAUAAAGGAUUUGGAGAGGAUCUGACCGAGGGAAAAUACUCAUUUCCCAUCAUUCACAGUAUUCGUUCAGAUCCAACAAAUAUCCAACUUUCUAGCAUCCUGAAACAGCGGACAACAGAUGUCGACGUCAAGUUAUUCGCCGUUGAAUGCAUCAAGGCAACCGGUUCAUUUGAACACUGCAAAGAGAAAAUUGCCGAGCUAGUAGCUGAAGCUAGGCAGUUGAUCAAGGAAAUGGGCAACAGUGGUCCUGGGAGCGCAGAAGCAGUCGACCGUGUUUUGGACCUGAUUGGACUCGAGCCUGAGAGUAGUUAG